CCCAUCUCGUGUGGGACGGACGGCACUGAUACAGUAGAAAGAGCAUCUGCACCUCCUGCAUCACAUUUACAUCAGAUUGUAUAUGAGAUGUCCAAACCAUCGAAUAUAACCCGAAUUUAGGUCGAAACAGCUAAUUUCAAAACCUUUGCUCAUUUCAUUUUGAUUCGUUAUAAGGAAGCCUGUACCGUGAAAAUGAGAAGAUAAACUUUUCAUCAACCCACACUUUUUUUGUCUGUUGACUAAAUCCUCCUCUCUGACCUACGCCUGCCCUUUUGAACUAAACCUACCCUGCCGAAAAGGAUUUCCUAGAAUCUCUCCUUCCCCAUCGCCCAAAAAAGACAUUUUCAAAUGCCCAAAAACAGCAAAACCAUCAAGAGAGAGAUUGACGAUGACGAUGUUACGGAAUCUGUCAAAGAUUUGCUCUCCAAUGAAGAUACAUGUGAGGACUCUUUCAAGAAGAGCUCUCUAAUGGUAGGAGAUGUUACUCAGAAUAAGGAGAAGGAUGUUGAGGGGGGCUCAGAGGAGGAGGAGGAGGAGGAAGAGGAGGAGAGACCCGCCUGGGGCAGCAAGCUCCAGUACAUCCUCGCCCAAGUGGGCUUCUCAGUGGGCCUGGGCAACGUCUGGAGGUUCCCCUAUUUGUGCCAGAAAAACGGCGGUGGAGCGUAUCUGGUUCCCUAUCUCAUUCUGCUGAUAGCAAUUGGGAUUCCUCUCUUCUUCCUGGAGCUAGCAGUGGGCCAGCGCAUCCGACGGGGCAGUAUCGGGGUGUGGAACUACAUCAGUCCACACCUGGGUGGCAUCGGCUUCGCCAGCUGUUUGGUGUGCUUUUUUGUGGCGCUUUACUACAAUGUCAUCAUCGGCUGGAGUCUCUUCUACUUCUCACAGUCCUUCCAGCACCCUCUUCCUUGGCACGAGUGUCCCCUGGUCAAAAACAAAACGAAUACAUAUGUUGAACCAGAGUGUGAGAAAAGUUCAGCUACUACAUUCUACUGGUAUCGUGUGGCCCUGGAUAUCUCUGAUUCCAUCUCUGAGAGUGGAGGACUUAACUGGAAAAUGACUUUGUGCCUGUUUGUUGCGUGGACCAUGGUGUGUCUUGCUAUGAUCAAGGGUAUCCAGUCUUCUGGAAAGGUGAUGUACUUCAGCUCUCUGUUCCCCUAUGUGGUGCUGAUUUGUUUCCUGGCUCGUGCUUUCCUGCUCAAGGGUUCUGUAGACGGCAUCAUCCACAUGUUCACCCCGAAGCUGGAAAUCAUGUUGGAGCCCAAAGUGUGGCGUGAAGCUGCCACGCAGGUCUUUUUUGCCCUGGGUCUUGGUUUCGGUGGUGUUAUUGCCUUCUCCAGCUACAACAAGCGAGACAACAACUGCCACUUCGAUGCUGUGCUGGUCUCCUUCAUUAACUUCUUCACCUCAGUGUUGGCCACUCUAGUCGUGUUUGCUGUGCUGGGCUUCAAAGCCAACGUCGUGAUUGACAAAUGUGUAGAAAUGAACACAAAGAAGAUCAUUGAUUUCCUUGGCAAAGAGAUCAAUCCAAGCUUGAUCCCACAUCACAUUAACUUCAGUCAUGUUAGCCCAGAGGACUACCAGCAAAUUACCAACAUUAUCCGGGGCGUGAUGGAAAACGAUUACCCACGCCUAGGCUUAGACAACUGCGACAUCAAAGAGGAGCUGAACAAGGCAGUGCAGGGCACAGGCUUGGCCUUCAUCGCCUUCACUGAAGCCAUGACCCAUUUCCCAGCCUCGCCUUUUUGGUCUGUCAUGUUCUUCCUUAUGUUGGUCAAUCUGGGACUGGGCAGCAUGUUCGGGACUAUCCAGGGCAUCCUCACCCCCAUUGUGGACACCUUCAAAGUACGAAAGGAAUACCUCACAGUUGGUUGCUGUGUACUUGCCUUCUGUAUUGGUUUAAUAUUUGUCCAGCGAUCUGGGAACUACUUUGUGGCCAUGUUUGACGACUAUUCUGCCACUCUUCCUCUGCUCAUCGUGGUUCUUCUGGAGAACAUUGCUGUGGCCUGGGUCUACGGCACCGACAAGUUCUUUGAGGAUCUGAAAGACAUGCUUGGUUUCACUCCAUACCGCUUCUAUUACUAUAUGUGGAAGUUUGUCACACCAGUGCUGCUGCUGGGUCUUCUGGCCGCAAGUAUCAUUCAGCUGGGACUGUCGCCACCUAGUUACAGCGCAUGGAACCAGCAACUGGCUCAAGAACAGUCUCUCAGCUAUCCGCCCUGGGGCCUAGCGGUCUGCAUCUCACUGGUGGUCACCGCCAUCCUCCCUGUGCCUGUGGUUUUCGUUCUGCGCUGUCUGAACAUCAUCGACGAGAACGCAGGAGGCCUGUCCACCGUCUCCUAUAAAAAGGGCCGCAUUAUAAAAGACACCGCUUGUAGGACCAGAGAAGACGAUGAAGAUGACACAAGUCUUCUCAACACGAAGUCACCGAGCGAAGCCCCGUCGCCCAUGCCGGCCAACUACCGUAAGCAGAGCGGCCCUCCUUCAAGUGCAGACAUCACGCUCAACGGCAGCUGCAGCACUGGAUACGUAAUGCCGAAUAUUACAGAUAUUCCGGACAUGCCCGAAUCUGAUUUGUGAGGACCUGUCCAGUGUAAUCUGUAACUGUGAGGAACAGCGUCAUUUCAUUUGCCCUAUAAGAACCAGCGCUUCAAAUGUCAGUCAUCUGAGUAACCAAUCACAAUCUCCCUCUCGUCGAGAUGAACAGGAAUGCUAACAGACAGCAUUCUCUUAUUCUCUUUCUAACAGCCAUCUUCAUUCCACACAUGUCCAGAAGAAAAGUUUCAACAUUUCUAAUUGUAUUAUAUGUGUAGCUAGCACUAACGCACCCUACCCCCAUCCCGACCCAUUGCCCCAACUGUUUGCACGCACUUACCCUACUCUGUAGGGGCCUGUAGACCCCUGGUUUAUGCUCUACUGUAGAAUGGCUAUUUGUAAAAACAGAUUAUGUUGCAAGUCAGGGCAGUUACUGUCCUCAAAAAAACGAGAUUAGAGGCAGCUUAGCAGCUGUGGAAAAGUCUAGAAUGUAAAUGUAUGCGUAAAACGUGGAAAACAUGCAAUACUUUUCUUUUGGAUGUAAUUAAAUCAUUGUGCAUCAGUGUAUGGAUUGCAUUUAAUACAACCCCUAACUCAUCGUUCGAAAAAAAAGUGUGCCUAAUUAAUUCUAAAAAUGUUAAUAGAAUACAAAGAGUGAAUGUUGUACAUUUAAGGUAUUCUGUAAAUAUAUUAUGAAUAAAUUUAUUCUAAUAUAGUUUGGAAUACAGAUCAUGUUUUUGGUAAGAAAUGCUUAAAAAUCCAGUGCGCUGACUUUUUUUGUUUGUUUGUAUUUUUGCUGAUGUGCUUUCAUUGUAAGGAGUGUUGAUACUCCUCCCUCUUCCUGUAAAUAUUUUUCAUGAAUUUGCCCAAUGACGCAGUAUUCUCAGUAUUGAGAUUAAAUGAUAAUGGAUUCAGA